UAGUGUAGAUUAUUUUUUGACCGAAGAGCAUUUUAUGUUUCGCGAUACCAUAGAUGGUUUUGUGCAAAAUCAUAUGACCCCCGAUUUUGAGAAAUGGGAAAAAGAAGGCAAGGUGGAUCGUGCGUUUUUUAAAGCCGCGGCCGAAUAUGGCUUUUUGGGGCUUACAGUGGGCGAACAGCAUGGAGGCAUGGGGCUAGAUGAUAUGUAUUCUUUGGUGUUGUUGGAGCAAAUGGCCCGCCAUAAUAUGUUCGGCCCUGCUUUGGGCAUAUGCGCACAUUCCUAUUUGGCCAUGAAUUAUUUAAACCAUGCUGCCAACGAAGAUCAAAAACAACGCUACUUGGCUCUAUCGGUAACCGCUGAGAAAAUUGGCUGUUUGGCCAUGACCGAACCUGGCGCUGGAUCGGAUUUGGCUGCAUUGCGCACCACGGCCAUUAAACAGGGCGAUCAUUAUAUUGUUAAUGGUUCUAAAACCUUUAUCACCAAUGGGGUGUAUGCCGACUAUGCCGUGGUGGCGGUUAAAACAGAUCCCAAUGUAGGGGCUGCAGGCGUUAGCUUGCUCAUCAUUGAUUGCAAUAGCGAAGGGUAUACCACCACCAAACUUAAUAAAUUGGGCAUUCGUUCAUCCGAUACCGCCGAAAUAGGGCUAAAUAAUGUGAAAGUACCCGUGGAAAAUUUAUUGGGAGAGGAAGGUAAAGGGUUUUAUUAUAUGAUGGAAAGUCUACAAACCGAGCGUUUAUCGGUGGCUUGGUUGUGCGUAGGGUCUUGUUUGGGCGUUAUGGAUUUAACCUUAGAAUACAUCAAAUCCAGAGAGGCCUUUGGCAAACCCAUUGCCAAAAUUCAGGUAUUGCGUCACAAGUUGGCCGAAUUACAAACCGAAAUCGAUUGUACCCGAGCAUUGAUGUAUUUGGCCACCCAACGAUUGGCCAAGGGUCAAAAUGUGGUUAAAGAAGCUUCCAUGCUCAAAUUAAAAUCGGCCGAGCUUUUUAAAACCGUAACGGACGAAUGUUUGCAAAUGUUUGGGGGGUAUGGUUAUAUGGAAGAAUACAAGAUAGCCAGAGCGUACCGAGACGCUCGAGUUGGAACGAUCUUGGCUGGAUCAUCUGAGAUUAUGCGUGAAAUCAUAGCCAAAAUGUAUAUUGACGGAAUAGAAUAUAAUAAA